AUGUUUCAUUCGUUACAGGAAAUCUAUCUAUCUAUCUAUCUAUCUAUCUAUCUAUCUAUCUAUCUCAACCUAUUCAUAUAUAUGUCUAUUCCUAUCUAUCUAUCUAUCUAUCUAUCUAUCUAUCUCAGUCUGUUCAUAUCUAAGUUUGUUCGUAUCUAUCUCAAUUUGUUCCUAUCUAUUUGUCUGUCUCAGUCUAUAUUCCUGUCUAUCUCAGCCAGUUCAUAUCUAUCUAUCUAUCUAUCUAUCUAUCUAUCUAUCUAUCUAUCUAUCUAUCUAUCAAUUUGCAUCUACUGCAAGGAAAUCUGUUUCGCGGCCGAAGGGCAUAGAUAUGCUUCCACGAUUUUUUUUUCUGUCGACAACCUUCCUUGUUUCCUUCCACCGUUCUUUCUUUGCUUCUUUCUAUCCUUCCUUUCUUUCUUACUUCUCUCCUUCCUCCUCGCCUUCAUUCUUUCCUUCCUUCUAUCUAUCAUUCUUUCAUCCCUUCCUUCCUUCCUUCCAUCCAUCCAUCCUUCCUUCCUUCUCUCCUUCCUCCCUCCCUCGCUUCCUUCCUUACUGACUUACUUACUUCUCUCCUUCCUUCCUUCUUUCCUUCCUUCCUUACUUCUCUCCUUCGUUCGUUCGUUCCUUCCUUCCUUUAUUCUUUCGUUCCUUCUUUCCAUCAUUCUUUCCUUCCUUCCUUCUUUUCACCCUUCCAUCCAUCCAUCCAUCUUUCCUUCCUUCCUUCCUUCCUUCCUUCCUUCCUUCCUUCCUUCCUUCCUUCCCCUUCCUUCCUUCCUUCCUUCCUUCCUUCCUUCCUUCCUUCCUUCCUUUCAGCUUUUUGCUUCUUCCUUCCUUCCUUCCUUCCUUCCUUCCUUCCUUCCUUCUUAUUCGUUUUUCCUUUCUUUCUUUCUUUCUUUCUUUCUUUCUUUUUCUUUCUUUCUUUCUUUCCUCAUUCGGUUUUCCUUUCUUUCUAUCUUUCUUUCUUUCUUUUUCUUUUUUCUUUCUUUUCUUUUCCUCAUUCGGUUUUCCUUUUUUUUUCUUUCUUUUCUUUCCUCAUUCGGUUUUACUUUCUUUUUUUUUUUUUUUUUCUUUUUUUCCUCAUUCGGUUUUUUUUCUUUCUUUCUUUCUUUCUUUCUUUCUUCAUUCGGUUUUCCUUUCUUUCUUUCUUUUCUUUUCUUUCCUCAUUCGGUUUUCCUUUCUUUCUUUCUUUCUUUCUUUCUUUCUUUCUUUAUUCGGUUUUCCUUUCUUUCUUUCUUUCUUUCCUCAUUCGGUUUUCCUUUCUUUCUUUCUUUCUUUCUUUCUUUCUUUCUUUCUUUCUUUCUUUCUUUCUUCAUUCGGUUUUCCUUUCUUUCUUUCUUUCUUUCUUUCUUCUUAUUCUUCCUUCAUUCCUUCCUUCCGCGAUCCCGCACUUCUGUUCUUUUUCUUUCCCAUUUUUUCUUCCUUACUAUCAUUGUUUCCUCCUCUCUGCCUUCUGUAUUCCAUGCGAAUGUACACAUUCAAAAUAUUUUUACCUUUUCAAUUUUUGCUCAAAUUUUUCUCAAUUAUAUCGACUUAAUUGCUUAUCUUAAUGUUUUAUUUCUGUUUAUAUAUGGUCAUAUAACCUGCUACUAUCUAUCUAUCUAUCUAUCUAUCUAUCUAUCUAUCUAUCUAUCUAUCUAUCUAUCUAUCUAUCUAUGUUUUGCAACCUAG